CAGCCGCGGUGCUGCUGCAGGUCUUGCAGUGUUUGUGGAGACCUGCACUGAGGCAAACGCUUUAAAGAUGGCUUCGGCUACGGAUCCACGUUUCGGGCAGAAGGAGUCCUCUGAUCAGAAUUUUGACUACAUGUUCAAGAUUCUGAUCAUCGGGAACAGCAGUGUUGGGAAAACCUCGUUCCUGUUCCGAUAUGCUGAUGAUUCUUUCACUCCGGCAUUUGUCAGUACGGUUGGGAUCGACUUCAAAGUGAAGACCAUAUACAGGAAUGAAAAGCGGAUCAAGCUGCAGAUCUGGGACACAGCUGGUCAGGAGCGGUACCGAACCAUCACCACAGCUUACUACCGUGGCGCCAUGGGCUUCAUCCUGAUGUAUGACAUUACCAACGAAGAAUCCUUCAAUGCUGUCCAGGACUGGUCGACACAGAUUAAGACCUACUCAUGGGACAAUGCCCAGGUUUUGCUGGUUGGGAACAAAUGUGACAUGGAAGAUGAACGUGUGGUACUAGCAGAGGGAGGAAAGCAGUUGGCUGAUCAUCUAGGGUUUGAGUUUUUUGAAGCCAGUGCAAAAGACAACAUCAACGUCAAGCAAACAUUUGAGCGUCUGGUGGACAUCAUCUGCGAGAAGAUGUCGGAGAGCUUGGACGCGGCUGACCCCGCAGUUACUGGGGCGAAGCAAGGUACACAGCUGAACGAGCAGCCUGCCCCUCCACACCAGGACUGCGGCUGCUAAAUACCUCCCAGGAAAUGGUCCCAACACCUCCUUUAUUUAUUUUACCCUCUCUCUCACUUUUUCUCUCCCUCCCUCCAUCCUGUCCUGCCCUCCUACCGCUCCCUUCAAAUACAAGGCAGACAAGCAGGCUCCCCUACGGACAAAGCAACCUGCAGGCCUGAGAAUGCCUCCCUCCCAAAGUGAUGCCUGGAGUAGGGUGUUGUGUGGAUGGGAUGUGCAGGUUAUGGAGGGUAGAAAACUCAGCCAGACUAUUGAUGCAUUACUCACUCCCCACUUCCCAGUCUCUUGUAAUGAUGACGCUCAAUAUGGCAUUUGUGACAAUCAUCAUUUGGUUUACAUGCAGUUGGUCUGAAAGCCAUCUGCUUCCCCAUCCCUCCCUGGGUUAGUUCCUGCAUAUAUUGUCACCUGAGAAGGGAGGUUCGGUAUUUUUGCAGUGAAUAUUUGACCUUUAGGUUUAUACGUGAAUUAUUCCCAUGUGAAAAUAUUAGUUCUUGUGCCAUCUCUGAUGCAGCUUACAACUGCGUGUGUGUGUGUGUGUGUGUGCGUGCGUGCGUGUAUGUGUGUGUGUCUUUUUUUUCAGAUGUGCACACGUGCGCAUGGAAUUAUUCCAAUUCUCCACUCUAGUUGUCAGGGUCUACAAGGCACUGAGGGAGUGGGGUCUGCAUCGUUGACUCCGCAGUGAUUGCGUGGGCCUUUGUACAGCAGUGACAUGAGGCUCGCUCUGAUCGAUCCCUCAGUCUACAUGCACCCUGACUGUUAUUCGUCGCAUUAGCCAGCCCAAGUGUCACCUUUACCAGCCAAAGCCACGCUGCAUUUCCCCACGUGUCGGCAUGGGCCUCCCUGUGCACAACCAUCAAGGUCAUGUAAAAUGCAGCAAGCAAGCUCUGGGGCUCAUUUCCAGACGAGUAGAAAGGAAAGAGGUGCUGUAUUAAACUGGUUGAACCACACUCAGAGCAGCAAACAAUACUAGACUCCAUAACACACAUAGCACUGGAGAAGGUGAAAAAGGAACCAUGAGGAUAUACAGAGGGAAGAUGUGCAAGGUGAGAUUGCAUUCUCUGGUAAAGGGGCUGAGGGUAUGACAGAGAUAUUUAGGAUUAAGAAAGACUGAUACUUCCCCGUGUUGCUUUGGAGCAAGAAUUCAUUAAAAUAAGACCAUCAUUAAUAAAUCCAAUAAGGAGUUUCUUUCCUCAGAGAAAAAGGAGAACUCGCUCUGAUAGGGAAGGGUUGAGGUGAACACUGGAGAAGGAUUUAAGGGGAAGCUGAACAAACACAGACAGGAGAGAGGAGAUGAAGGAAAUGCUGAUGAAGAAAUGCGCCUUGAGGUACGUAUAUGUUCCUUCUCUCAGAGGGUAGUGAAGCUUUGAAAUUCUCUACCCCAGAGAGUUAUGGAGGCUAGAUCAUUAGAAGUAUUUAAUGUGGAGGUAGGUACAUUUUUGAAAACUCAGGGGUUUGAGGGCCAUGGGGAUCUGGCACAGAGGAGGAUGUGAGCCCCGAUCAUAUUGAAUGGUGGGGCAAGCGUGAGGCGGCCAGGUGGCUUACUGCUGCUCUGAUUUGCGAUGGCCUUUGUAUCCUGUUGCCUUUUGUGACCUGAGAAUUUGUACCCUGGAUGUGGAGUGACUGGGCAGGCAGACCUUUGGCACCCAUCCUCUCGUUGUCCUUGGAACAAGCAGAGUGAUUUCAGAAUCUGGCUUCACUUGUUAAACAAAAUCUUUGAAAGUUGGCCCCAAUAAAAGAGAUGAUGACGCUCUCAGAUUGGCAUAAAAAUCCUGGAUAGAAUGGAAGUAGAGAGGAUAUUUCCAUUAGUUAGGUGAGUCUAGGAUCCGAGGGCACAGCUUCAGAAUAAAGGGACGUCUGUUUAAAACUGAGAUGAGGAGGAAUUUCUUCAGGCAGAGAGUGGCGAAUCUGUGAAAUUCAUUGCCACAGAAGACUGGAGCCCAAGGCAUUGGGUGUAUUUAAGGCGGAAGUUGAUAGAUUCUUGAUUGGUAAGGGAGGUCAAGGGUUAUAGGGAGAAGGCGGGAGAAUGGGGUUGAGAAAAAAAAUCAGCCAUGAUUGGUGGAGCAGACUCGAUGGGCUAAAUGGCCUAAUUCUGCUCCUGUACCUUAUGGUCUUGUCUUAAAUUCGAACUGGUUGAUUAUUGUCCUCUGGGUAAGCAAACCACACAGGGUCUAUAUGUAACUCCAGUUCCUCACCAACAGUGGUCGCAUCUAACUGCCCUCUAAUAUGACCAAGCGACUCCUUGUUAUAUCAAACUACCUCAUAGCAAGGUGGGAGUAAAGACUGCAGCUUAAGAAUGGCAUGGCUCACCAGAGCCUUCUCAGGGUAACUAGGGAUAGACAAUAAAUGCCACUCUUGUUGGUGACAACCACAUUCUGAGCAAGUUGAAUCAUUCUUUUUUACUGCUGAUUAGCAGAGAGAGCAAGUCUGGGAGAAGGUCCAAAAGUAUCCCAUUCCACUACCAGAACUCUCUAGAUUUGUUCAGAUGUAAUUAGUCAACAAUUCAUGGAAGUAGCCGUCACAGCAAAAAGGCCCUUUAGAUCAUGUUUGUAGUGCACACCCAUGACCUGUGUUGCAGUUAUUUGCCAAGGUACUUUGACAGCAUCUCACAAACCUGUAACCCUACUGUCUUGAGGGACAGGGGCAGUGGGUGCAUGGGAACACCACCACUUGCAGAUUCCCCUCCAAGUCGUACAGCAUCCUGACUUGGAAAUGUAUCACCAUUCCUUCAGUCUUGCUGGGUCUAAAUCUUGGAACUCUCCACUAAUAACACUGUGGGAGCACCUUGAUCAAAAGAACUGCUGCAGUCCCAAGAAAGUGCUUAUCGCCACCUUCUCAGGGGCAUUUAGGGAAGGGCAAUAGAUGCUGGUCUUCACCAAUGCCCAGCAUCCCAUAGCUGAAUUCAAAAAGAGCCUCUGUCUUUCAAUAGCAAGAGACUGUUAAAAAAGCAUAAUGUGAUGAUUAUUUUCAUUAAUUUAUUAAUAAAUAAGGACUGAAAUGAAACAGAAAAUGCUGGAGUUAUUCAGUCUGUCAGAAAGUCAUCUGUGGAGAGAGAAGAACAGUUAGCAUUUCAGAUUGAUGACUUCCCAUCAGAACUAGAGUGAUUGAACGAAUACAGCUAUGAUGGUGUAGUGGUUACAUUAUUGAACGAAUCCAUCUCCAUGGAUGUAAUAAUUACUUGCCACAAUCUCAGCACUAUUACUGCUGGUAAUGCUUUUUGCAUUCCUCACUCUAUACUGCUGUUGUUUAGGGGCAAUGGAUAUGGCUAAGUGGGUGAUGAUGUUAAAGAUGAUGGACUCCAUCUUAUUUGCUUUGGCUCCAUAGAUUGGAAGCCAAGGUUGCAUUGUCAAGCAGUCACAUUUCUCCCUGACGUCAUCGAUAUCCAGAUCUUCAACCCUUCCCACCAUCCACUUCCCAGCCCUCUAUUCUCUUUUGUUCCAAUUUCCUCCUUUUGUUCUGUGGCCAUGAGUGUUGGGGAGACAUUCAGCUUUUCAAGAUUCUGAGGACAGUAUUAACCCUAACCCUGUCCUCACUAUGCCCACCUGAAUCUCAACCGCCAUUGCCUCCCCCUCUUUACCAUCCUCUCCGUCUCAGCCCCCAUCUGACUGAAUGCCCGGGCGUGGGUUCAAAUCCUGGAAAUUCCUACUCAGCAGCACUAUGGGAGCUAAUUCACCACAUGGAGAGCAGCAGUUCUCGAAAGCAGCUCACCGUCACCUUCGAGGCAGUAAGGGAUGGAAUGGAAAUGCUCCAACAAUGGCCACCUCCAAUGCAUAGGUUGGACUCAUUGUAGUGACAAACCCAUCCAGUUUAUUCACACCCUUUGGAGAAAAUCCUUGAGACUGACCUUACCCAGUUUGGACCUAUGUGACUCACACUGAUAGGGGAUCAGUUCAGAAAGGAGGAGGUCUUCUGCCACAUUAGGGUGACCAGGUGAUGGACAUUAAAUGGUGGCCUGCAGCCAGCAUCCACAUCCUGAGAGUGACCUUUAACAAAGGAUAAUAACCCUCUCGGCUGGCAGUCUAUUGGCCUGUGAUUGACCUAUUUUUACCUUUGGUUGUGGGGGAGGGAUGCAAGGAGGUGCCUAGCGUGCCACACCUUGCAAAAAAAAAUAGGGAAAAUAGACCUAAAGCUCAGUAUAUGGUCAUCCUUUUUGUAUAUAAAGUGUAAAUAGCCAGGAUAUUGGUUAGUGUGCACCAGUAUUGUGUAGUUACUGUGUUAAUGUCUCAGAAAAAUGAUGCAGCAUUCUAACAGCUUGUUGUGGCUUCCUCUUUUAAAGUGUUUGUACCUCUGUACUUCUCAUUUUCUUAACAAACCACUCCCCACAACUUUAUUGAAAAGCAAUAUAGACAUUUUGAAAUGGACUUCACGUAAAGUGUGUGCGUGUGUGUAUGUUUAAAACAAUCUUUCAGCAACCCCAAAUGAAUAUUUUUGUUCUUGCUCAAUAGGGAUAAGAUUUGUGUUGUUGCUUAUGCAUCUAACAUUUCCACAAUUUUAGGAGGCUUACGUGCUUUUUUAAUUUGAAACUUUGUUUACGAAAGCAUUUCCAGGACAAAUCCAUAAAUUUAGAGUUACUUAUGCAAAGAAAGGCUAGGCAUCCAGUCCUGGUAGAGAAUAUAAAGGCCUGAUUUUAUGGUACAAGAUGUCGUGGUCUCACUGCAAUGAGGAGCUAGGUUGCGAUGAUAUGUGACAUGAAGCCCUUUACAAUGCACUGGCACAUGGAGGGAAGUGUGAAUGUUAGAUGGGAGAGAGAGCCUGGUUGCUUCUCAUUAAAAUAUCCUUUCAGUUCUCUAUUCUGGAGUUCUGCUCAGGUCAAGGAGUUGGAAUGAAGGUCUUUCACUCCAAACAUUAUUCAAUAAUUACUCUGUAUCUAACCUCUGCCCUCCUUGCCCUAGUAGUGUUUGAUGGAACAGUGUAGAGAGGGGCUUUGCUCUGUACCUAACCAGUGCUGUGCCUGACGUACGUGGGCUGUCCAUUCACAGAACCAGCACUGCUGAUACACUGAAAAUGUAAUACCUUGAUAUUUGUCUUUGGCAUAUUUAUUAUACUGGUUGUGUGUUUGGCACUGAUUGUUGUAACCAGACUUGGACCUAAAAUCACACUCUUUCAGUGAGGGUAAGCUAUGUCAGUGCAGCCUGUGAUCCCCGCCUCCUUCAACUUUUGUCCCCAAGAAUGUGGUUCCAGUUAAUUUUAAACAUGAGAAAUCUUCUUGCAACUUUAGCUGGCUGAAUUGUUGAUGGCAAAUAGUCCUCGAACCAGCUCCGCCUAACAUAAUUCCAACAAUUCAUUGCUGCUGUGCAGCCCAGUAACAUGUGUUAAUUGAAGAUGGGCUGAGGGAGUGGUGUUGCUGAUUAAUGUGUGUGCAAAUUAUAGUUGGUGAAGGGACAGAUUGGAGCAGGUUGUGCCAAUAUAUCUAUAUGUUAUUAUCAAGGUCUUAUUCACUACCCCCUCCAGCCUCGACCAUUGUAGACUUUAUGUUUCUAACAGGUCUCAUUUGAGGCGAUAAUGUUUUAGAUGAACAGAGGAUAAUAAGCUUCACAGGACAUGGCAGUUGUAAUGUAGGCUGAGAAGUGAGUGGACACAUUGAGUAGUGGAGGUGUGAAAGAUUUUCUUUGAUCCAUGUUUGGGAUUGGGAAGUGUUGAUGUCAUUCUCUCCAUUGGUCGACUUAAGGAAGGGAUAGAGUCUGAUGGGGAAGAGUUUCUAUGGGCUGUGGGUGGAGAGUUAGUAGAUGGGUAGAGUCCAUGAUGGAGACAAUGUCCUUGGGUUGUGGGUGGGUAAGAUCUGUAAAGGGGAGAGUGUCCAUGUGCUGUAGGAGGUGCAGAGGCAGGAUUGUUUGGGAUAAGCCCAUGAUGGGUACAGUAGUUGUGGGAAGGCCCUUCUCUGCGCAUACCCACCCCACCCCAGCCCCACUGUCAUCUAGUUUUAAACAUGGAAUAAAAAGUGACGAAUUUGCAGAAAAUGUCUUUAAUCUACUGGAUCUAUCUGGAUUUUGGAGAGGGGAGGGGAACAAUUUGGAUGGUGGGCUAUGGGCCUUCAGGGUUUAGGUCUGUUGUCGUGGUAAAAUGAGAGGAAUUCUGUUUCUUUCCCACUUGGUCUAGAGUUACUUGAGAUCCUUGAUGUGUGCAAAGUAAAAAUUACUCCCAUUUUCUGGUCAGCUCUCAAGCCUGGUUCAGGGAACAAUCCUGAUCAGGAUAAUACCUUGACAAACUUAAAGCUCGCGACACAGAUACGGCCAGUUGUGACCAUUCCUUCUCGAUCACCAGAUGUUUUCUUCAAUUCAUUUCUUCUGCUUAAUGAAGCACAUAGCUGUAGAAAUCUGCAGACCAUCUCCCUGCCCGUUCUCAGUUUGUGAAAUGUGCUAGUUCUCCAAAAUAUGGACUUUCUGUGGGUGUUGGUCAAUAUCAAAGAUUUAUUUCAAAGAAACAAAAAGUCAAGAAAUUAUAUUUAAAGUGUCAAAAACCUAGGCUAUGAAUGAUUCUCAGUUUAUGUAUUAAGAACUUCUGUUGUGUAAAAUAUUAAAAAUCCACUAAAAUUAUCUUAAA